UUUGCUGCUGAAGCGAGCCGAGCCGCGACACCCGGAGCCGUUUGGAUUUGUGGAGUCUGGCCACAGAUAAAGAACCGAAAUGACUGACUCAAAAUACUUCACCACAACCAAGAAAGGGGAGAUCUUCGAGCUGAAGGCAGAGCUAAACAGUGACAAGAAGGAGAAGAAGAAGAAGGCCGUAAAGAAAGUGAUUGCAUCAAUGACUGUGGGCAAAGAUGUCAGUGCUCUCGUCCCUGAUGUGGUGAACUGCAUGCAGACAGACAACUUGGAGCUAAAGAAGCUGGUGUACCUGUACUUAAUGAACUAUGCCAAGAGUCAGCCUGACAUGGCCAUUAUGGCUGUCAACACCUUUGUGAAGGACUGUAAGGACCCCAAUCCCCUCAUCCGGGCCCUGGCUGUGAGGACUAUGGGCUGCAUCCGAGUUGACAAGAUCACAGAGUACUUGUGUGAACCACUCCGGAAAUGCCUAAAGGAUGAAGAUCCAUACGUGCGUAAGACAGCAGCUGUGUGUGUCGCCAAGCUACAUGACAUCAAUGCCCAACUGGUAGAAGACCAGGAUUUCCUGGACACACUUAAAGACCUCAUCUCUGACUCUAACCCCAUGGUGGUAGCAAAUGCAGUGGCUGCCCUGUCAGAGAUCGCUGAGUCUCACCCCAGUAGCAACCUGCUUGACUUGAACCCACAGUCUAUCAACAAGCUGCUGACAGCCCUUAAGGAAUGCACUGAGUGGGGCCAGAUCUUCAUUCUGGACUGUCUGGCCAACUACAUGCCUAAGGAUGACCGUGAGGCCCAGAGCAUCUGUGAGCGGGUCACUCCUAGGCUUUCCCACGUCAACUCUGCUGUGGUGCUGUCUGCGGUGAAGGUGCUGAUGAAGUUCAUGGAGAUGCUGUCCAAGGACAUGGAUUACUACGCCAUGCUGCUCAAGAAGCUGGCCCCUCCCCUGGUCACACUGCUGUCCACAAAGCCAGAGCUGCAGUAUGUGGCUCUGCGCAACAUCAACCUCAUUGUGCAGAAAAGGCCAGAGAUCUUGAAGCAUGAAAUGAAGGUUUUCUUUGUGAAGUACAAUGACCCCAUCUACGUGAAGCUGGAGAAACUGGACAUUAUGAUCCGCCUGGCCUCCCAGGCCAACAUUGCCCAGGUAUUGGCGGAACUAAAAGAGCAUGCUACAGAAGUAGAUCUGGAUUUUGUACGGAAGGCAGUGCGCGCCAUUGGCCGCUGUGCCAUCAAGGUGGAGCAAUCUGCAGAGCGCUGUGUGAGCACAUUGCUUGAUCUCAUCCAGACCAAGGUCAACUAUGUGGUCCAGGAAGCCAUUGUGGUCUUCAUUAAGGACAUCUUCCGCAAGUACCCCAACAAGUAUGAGAGUGUGAUAGCCACAUUGUGUGAGAAUCUGGACUCUCUGGAUGAGCCUGAGGCCCGCGCUGCUAUGAUCUGGAUAGUGGGCGAGUAUGCUGAGCGGAUUGAAAAUGCUGAUGAGUUGCUGGAGAGCUUUCUUGAAGGUUUCCAUGAUGAGAGCACCCAGGUCCAGCUACAGCUACUGACAGCUAUUGUGAAGCUCUUCCUGAAGAAGCCAACAGAGACUCAGGAGCUGGUACAGCAGGUCCUCAGUUUGGCCACUCAGGACUCAGACAAUCCAGACCUUCAGGACCGUGGCUACAUCUACUGGCGCCUGCUCUCCACGGACCCUGUAGCUGCCAAAGAGGUGGUACUGGCUGAGAAGCCCCUCAUCACAGAGGAGACAGACCUUAUUGAGCCUACACUUCUGGAUGAACUCAUCUGCUACAUUGGCACACUGGCCUCUGUCUACCACAAGCCUCCAAACGCCUUUGUGGAGGGUGGCCGGGGAGUGGUGCAUAAGAGCCUGCCACCUCGAACUGCCUCGAGCGAGAGCACAGAGAGCCCUGAGACAGCCCCUGCUGGAGCACCUGCUGGUGAUCAGCCGGACAUCAUUCCUGCCCAGGGUGACCUGUUAGGUGACCUCCUCAACCUAGACCUUGGGCCUCCAGUCAGUGGCCCACCCUUAGCUGCCUCCUCAGUGCAAAUGGGAGCUGUGGAUCUUCUUGGUGGUGGCCUCGACAGCCUGAUUGGAGAUAGUAACUUUGGGGCACCUUCAGCAUCGGUGGCAGCGGCAACAGCACCAACCAGACUUGGAGCACCCAUCAGCAGUGGCUUAAGUGACCUCUUUGACCUGACCAGUGGUGUGGGCACCCUUUCAGGAUCCUAUGUAGCUCCCAAAGCAGUCUGGCUCCCUGCCAUGAAGGCCAAGGGGCUGGAGAUCUCUGGCACCUUCACGAGGCAGGUCGGCUCCAUCUCCAUGGACCUGCAGCUGACUAACAAGGCCCCGCAGGUCAUGACAGAUUUCGCUAUCCAGUUCAUUCGUAACAGCUUUGGCUUGGCCCCUGCCGCACCACUCCAAGUGCACGCACCACUCAGCCCCAACCAGACUGUGGAGAUCUCCCUGCCUCUUAACACAGUGGGCUCAGUCAUGAAGAUGGAGCCUCUAAACCAUCUUCAGGUGGCUGUGAAGAACAACAUCGAUGUCUUCUAUGUCAGCACUUUGUACCCACUGCAUGUCCUCUUUGUGGAGGACGGGAAGAUGGACUGGCAGAUGUUUCUGGCUACAUGGAAAGACAUUCCCAACGAGAAUGAAGCCCAGUUCCAGAUCAGAGACUGCCCCCUUAACCCAGAGGCUGCAAGCAACAAGCUGCAAAGCAGUAACAUUUUCACUGUUGCCAAGAGGAAUGUGGAGGGCCAGGACAUGCUCUACCUCUUGAAGUUGGCCAGUGGCAUCUGGGUACUGGUGGAGCUGCGGAUCCAGCCAGGCAACCCCAGCUUCACGCUGUCCCUGAAGUGUCGAGCACCGGAGGUGUCCCACCAUGUAUACCAGGCCUACGAGACUAUCCUCAAGAACUGAAGUUCCUCUCGCAUCCACCCUAGCCUUCUGCCAGCCCAAUCAUGGAACCCUGUGGGUGGCAGAACCUCCUCCUUUCUUUGGGGAGAGGCCAGGUUGGCUCCUGAACCACCCAAGAGGCUCCCCUGAUCCUAACUGAGGGCCUGGAGCAGGGCCAUGUCUCCUCCUAGAGUGAAAUCUCAGUGCAUCUCCAGUGGCUGCUUUUUUCUAUUGCUGUUGAUGUGAGAUCAAAGGAAAUGGAGCCAGCAUAGCAUUGCUGGACAGGGGGCCACAGGGUGCUCUUCCUUCUCCUCUUC